AUGGUCAUCUUCAACAGCAUCGUCCUGACGGGCGUUCUGGUCUCAUCAGUCUUGUACAUUUUUGCGUCCAGGAUCAAGACCUAUCUCCGGCUCCGGCAUAUCCCCGGCCCUGCUGGGGCGGCACUGUCUCGAUCAUGGAUUUUCAAAAAAACCAUGGCGGGCAGGAUCCCAAAUGCGCUUGCCGAAGUCGCCGGCGAGCUCAUCUGCAGCGACACCAAAGAGAUCCGCCGGAUGUGGUCCGUCCACUCAGGCUGGCACCGCGACGUCUGGUACAACGGCUUCCGCUUCGACCCAGCCAACGAUAACAUCCUCACCGCUAACGAGAACAAAGUCCACCACCGCAUCCGCAGCAACGUCCUCCCGGGGUAUAACGCCAAAGGAAUAACCACACAAGAAGGCGUGAUCGACACCCAAGUCGAGAAGCUUCUGGGGCUUAUCGAGAAGAAAUACGUCUCCUCCAAGGAAACCGGCAUCCGACCCAUGGACAUGGCGCGCAAGUUCCUUUACUUCACCCAAGACACCACCUCCGCGCUGGGGUUCACCACUCCCUUUGGGUAUCUGGAUGUUGACGAGGAUUUCAACAACACGAUCAGCACCCUGGAGGGCAUGCUCCCCACCGUCACCACCCUCGGAUUGUUUCCGGUGAUUAUCUCCUUGAUGAACAACCCCCUGGUGAAAAGCCUGCUCCCCAAACCGCAUGACGACAACGGGAUGGGGAAGCUGCUUGGGCUGAUCAAAGACAGGGUUGAUGCCCGGUACGAGAACAAGGCCAAAGGGGAGGAGGACAUCCUCCAGCGGUUUGUGGAGAGUAACCUCUCUCGUCAAGAAGUCGAGGCGGAGGUGUUGAUCAUGCUGUUUGGGGGGACCGACACUACCGCCACGGCGCUGAGGAUGACGGUGUUUUAUCUUUCAACCACCCCCGCCGCGUACGGUGCUCUUCAGGCGGAAAUCGACAACGCGAUCAGGUCGGGGAAGGUCACCAGGCCGGUUAUUGCUGACGCUGAGGCGCUCGAACUGGGUUAUCUGAAUGCGGUCAUCAAGGAAGGGUUGAGAAUGUGGCCGCCUAUCUCGGGACUGCAGCUCAAGUGCUCUGACAAGGAUGAUGUCAUUUGCGGAUAUCAAGUCCCCGCGGGCACGGCAGUGGGGAUAUCCGAGUUUACCGUCAUGAGGAAUAAGAGUGUUUUUGGGGAAGAUGCAGACAGGUUUAAUCCGAGCAGGUGGGUGGAGGAGAGGGACCCCAAGAGGUUGAAGGAGAUGGAGUUGACGCAGGGGUUGGUGUUUGCUUCGGGGACGAGGUGGGAGUGCUUGGGGAAGAAGUUGGCGUAUACCGAGUUGAGAAAGGUGUUGUUCGAGUUGUUUUUGAGAUAUGACUUUGCCAUGACUGACCCGGCGAAGCCGUUUGAGUAUUGGAACUAUGGGGCGACGCUGCAUGAGCAUAUGAAUGUGACGAUUACGAGGAGGGAGGCUUGA